AUGCUCCCUUCGCUUCCACCCUCUGCCUUUUCUUUUCUCCGACCACCAAGGAAUUUGGCGAGUCAAUUCGAGCUGACGACGCAAGUCAGCAUUGCCAGACCACCCUACAGUUGCAGAUCUUCCGCGAGCAGUGUGGAGGAACAAACGAUAUGUUUUGGAAGAGUCCUUGUCCCGGAAGGGCUCAAAGGUCCGCUGAGUCCUUACUGGGCCUGUCGCCUGUGCGACGCGAAGGGUCAGCCUGAGUUCUUCGCCGCUGCUGCUACGAGUUCGGCAGCGGACCAUCUCCGCAAACCGCAGACCGACCGACCGGCAAUUCUCGUCAGACCGACCGACCAGAGCUGCCGGUCGGAUUGGGUGGUCUGA